AUGGGGUGGAAUUUGGGUAUCCCAGGGAGGAUUUGUGGGAUUCUGGGGAGAUACCAAAGGAUUCUGGGGGUGUUUUGGGGGUUCUGGGCAGUUUUGGGGGGCUCAGUGACACCGUGGGGAUCCUCCCCAGUCAUUUGCCACGUGGUGGGGAUCACGUACCAGCACAUCGACCGCUGGCUGCUCGCCGAGAUGCUGGGGGACCUCUCAGAGUCGCAGCUGCGGGUGUGGAUGAGCAAAUACGGGUGGACAGAGCCGGAGCCAGGGCGGAUCCUGAUCUCCAACCAGGAGGAGAACAUCAAACCCAAGAACAUCGUGGAAAAGAUCGACUUCGACAGUGUGUCCAGCAUCAUGGCCUCAUCUCUCUGAGACCCCCCAGCACCGACCCUUCAACACCAGCCCCCCAAUUCCAACCCCCCAACCCAGUUUAACCAGUAAAGAGGCUCCAACGCGG